UGGAGGUCAAUGACUACCGGGCUUCAUCAGAAAUACUUUCAAUACAAAGACAUCUGGGUAUGGAUAUUCUUACAGCAGCAAUGGACAGCGACGUUGAUCUUCUACUCAGCAAACUGGGAAAGCUCGACAAAAAAAUUCUUCCGGACAAAGCAAUCAAACAUGCAUUAUUCUGCUUACGAUAAGAAAGUACAAAGAGGAGUUUAUCUCUUUUGUUUGUUUGUUGACUCCAAAGUGAUCAACGUAAUGCAAAACUUGAAUCCUCAGCAAUGGAUACAGCACAAAGAUUUGGGAAGCAGCGCGAAAAUUCCAAAAGGAACGUUUCAGCUUUUGACAAAAACUUUAAAUAACCAUGUACGUAUAAAGACUGGCCAUACUGUAACCAAAAGAGAAUCCAGUGUUUUACGGAAGCAGACAAUGGCUUUAAAAUGUAUGAGAUAGAUUUGCAAUGGGAUAUAUUUUAUUGUUGGAAAACGAUAAACAGAAAUACAAAGUAUAAAAAAUGGAAUAGAAUAAAUCACAGAUUGCAGAUUGUGGAAUGUGGAAAGAAAAGAAUAUAAUCAUAUUUACAGAUAUAUUAUGAAGAGUUCAACUUCGUGAUAUGUGGUAUAAUACAAAGACUUUAUUGUGG